GUGUGUUGUGUCCGCAGUGAGAGCUUCGCGAAAAGGAAAACGAUUUUUUCUGUGGAAAUAGUGCAUUUUAGCGGGCGAAACCGGUACUAAGUGCUAAUCGAAGUUUCCGGGUACGUUUUUCCGAUCGUUGGGUCGGGAAAUGCGUUGAGCCGGGCAGGUUUUUUGUCGAAGCAAAAAUCCAGUUCCCCGUUCGUUCGCGCGGUGCGUGUGUGUCGUCUCCAUCGCAGCACCACUUAAACCUGCAUGUGUGUAUAGGAUUCGGGAGAGCAGCAUAAUACCAAUACAAUAUCCGAAAGCACCCCGAGGUUAGCCAAAAAGCAGGGAAAAACUAGUUAGUUUUUGUUCCGGAUUUGACGGUAUAGUGAUUAUUGUCAGCGGCAGGACUGCUAGCAUAGACCUAGAUGGCGAGCGAAAGGAUUCCGGCCAUACAGGACAAGCCUGCCGUAGUGGCGGUGAUGUUUUGAUCGUGGAAUCUUGCGGCCACGACUAGCGAGAAGAAGAAGCCUUGCUCUACCUGGCGAACAAGCGAGCUUUGGCUCGAUCCAUUUGGAGUGUUGGUUUCGAAACUAAGCGCGAAAGGGAUAGCAAUAGCAGUGCAGCGCUGCGCUAAGGACUCCUCUUGUACAGACGAAUCCACACGGUGCACGGUGGAGUGCUUCCGGGAUGUAAGGAAAUCGCACCGAAAUGCGUAUGCCGUUCGGAAUGUCUGAUUCGAAAUUAUUGCAUUUAUCAUCGGUUCGCAGCGAAUAUAUCAUACGGAAAGAAUGGACUAACAUGUGCAGUAAACCAUUCCUCGCGGACAGUGCCCCGGCUGGCCCAGUGAAGAAAAAAAGUCCAUGCCAAUAAAAGUGCUGCUCUAUUCGAACGCUCAGAAAUGCUCCUCAAAUUAAACCAUGUUUUUUAAUGCUUCAAUAGUGUGCACCGAAACAAAACACAAAACAAGUUGUGACAGUAAUAAUAAUCCGAAGAGCAAUAACAGUUUACAAACCAACAACGCACGUAGAACAAAACUUGUAGCACCCAGUGUAUAGUGAAUGUGUAGCUUCUGUUCUAUAGAUUCGUCGGGAGCAAAAUUAGUAAUACGCUCAAAGUGAUCGUCUGUGACAAUUUUUCGUAUAGCGCGAUUGUUCUUUAGCUGUCUAUGGUGUGUGCUUGUAUAUAGUCAAGUUAUGACACACAAUUUAGGAAUGGCAUCGUAUCGAUUACCAGGCUCUGGAUUGGGAUGUCCGCCGGAUUUCAAAUCACCAUCAGAGUCGCCCCAGCUACCGAUCUCGGCGCCUAGUCAGCCGAAGAAGCGAAGAAAAGCCUCGAAUGCGAAUAGUGCGAACUCUGCGGCCUCGCAACCGACGCCGACCCCUUCACCUCAAGAUCUACUGCCACCCCCACCGACGGGAUACGGUGAUACCAUUGUGGCAUCGAAUCCGUUUGAUGAUACGCCCACGCAUACACCAUCUCCUCAUCUCGGACACAUGCAUCACGGAGGCCCAGGAAUGAUGGGCCACAUGGGUGGUGGAGCGAUGGGGCAUGGAGGUCCAAUGGGAAUGAACCAUAUGGGUAUGCAUCCACAUCACAUGGGCGGACCAAUGGGACAUCAUGGGCCACCACAUGGUCCACCCCACGGAGGACCGCAUGGAGGACCAAUGCACGGAAUGCCACCUCAUGCAAUGGGUCACGGACCCGGUCACGGAUCUCCUCAUCAUGGUAUGGGUCCUCACGGUCCAAUGGGUCCUGGUGGUCCACAAGGCCCUCCAAUGCGAGGAAUGAGUAUGGGUAUGGGCAGUCCUAUGGGACAUCCCUUGCAUAUGAACUCUGCAAUGGGACAAAUGGGCGGUUUGGGUCCUCACGGACCCAUGCAACGAGGAGGAAUGAGCCCUAUGGGUACAAUGCCAGGUGCGCAAAUGGGAGGUCUUAGUCCGAUGGGUGGCAUCAAUCAGAACCUGUCCCCAAUGGGACCAAUGGGUGGAAUGUCACCAAUGAGUCAGCAGCAAAUGAAUAACAAAUCCGUAGGAAGUCCAAUGAGCGGCGGAAAUAUAGGCAGUCCGAUGAGCUCUAUGCCUGGUAUGGGGUCGCCUCAUAGUGGAGGACAAGGUCAAAUGUUGGGUAGUCCUAUGAACACGAGUGGCGGUCACAUGAACAAUGGUCCUAUGGGACCUCCAAUGAAUAGUCCUCUUGGAAAUGGACCUCCAAAUCACGUUCCCAUGGGUCCGCAUUCGGCAGGCCAUAGUCAACCGGUGUCAUCGGCUGCACAAACCGUCGGAGGGCAGACCUCGCCGAACAUGGCAGGCGUCAAUAGUAAUAAUAGAAUGAACUUACCCAACGGUGCAAUGACAAAUCAGCAAUCAGGGAACCCCAAUCAAUUACCUCAUCAGCUGGGCCAUCAACAGCAACCGAAUAGUCAGCAGGGGCCAGGUCAAUCCCAACAGCAGCAAGCAAAUCCUCAACUACAAAUGCAAGUGAGUCAGCCUAACCAGUCGCCUUCGAUGGCAGCAAAUCAACAGCAGCCUCCGAAUCAAUCUCCUGCCGCUCAAUCACAGCCUCUGCCACCUCAUCCGCCUCAUCCUCAACAGCAGCAACAAUCGCAUGCAUCACCGUUGCCGCACCAGUCACCUCAUGCUCACCACCAGCAAGGUCCCGGUACAAACAGUGGUUCCGUUGGUAGCGGUCCCGGCUCGGGUGGGUCGGGUCCAGGAGGUCCGGUAGGACCACAGCAGCAACAGCAGAUGAAUCCGGCCGGUGUCGGUCCUGGAAGCAACAGUUUAGGUGGCAUGAACCCCGCUGGUAUGGGCCCUGGUGGAAUGGGUGGCAUGCCAUCGAAUCCCAUGGGUGGAAUGAAUCAUCAUCCUUCGCAUCAUCCCGGCAAUCAUCUCGGAAACCACCCUGGAAAUCAUCAACAAAAUCCUCAUAUGCCACCUUCGCUAGGUGGUGGAGGAGGUGGAGGCAGUGGAGGUCCAAACAGCAUGCAUCAUCACAUGGGAAUGUUACCACACGGAAAUAUGCUACCAGGCCAUGCAGGGCAUAGGCCAAUGGGUCCAGGUGGCCCAAUGGGCCCCGGCGGUCCCGGUGGCAUGGGAAUGGGAGGACCCCCAAUGGGUGGCCACAUGGGUCAUAUGGGCGGUAUGGGUGGUGGCAUGGGCGGUAGCCCACUGCAGUCUCCACACAUGAUGGGAGGACCGGGAGGUCCUGGUGGGCCAAUGGGUGGCCCCGGCGGACCAAUGGGCGGUCUGGGACCGCCGGGAAAUGGACCACCACCGCCGAAUCAUCACCAUCACAUGGGUAUUUUUGGCCCGAAACCGAUGCCAGUGACAUCCGGGAAGCUGUACCCGCCGGAUCAGUCGAAAGUGUUCAACCCACAGAAUCCGAACGCACCUCCCAUCUAUCCGUGCGGGGGCUGCCACAAAGAGGUGCAUGACAACGAUCAAGGAAUCUUGUGCGAAUCUGGGUGCAACUUUUGGUUUCAUAGAACGUGCAGCGGUCUAACAGAAUCGGCCUUUCUCAUGAUUCACCAAGAGGUGUACGCCGAAUGGUGCUGUGACAAGUGUCUGUCUUCCAAGAACAUACCGCUGGUGAAGUUCAAACCGUAGUCGCUAACAGAGCUAACAAACAGCAGACAACAACCAACCGACAGCAUCACAUCGCAUCCACUGGAACGCGACAUGGAAAUGGAUCGAUCGGCGAGAAAGCGCAGCUACCGAAUCAUUAUUGUUUGUGCUUGUUUUUCUUUGCUUAUUUUUCUGUUGUACGCGCUGAGUGAAAAAUCCUCUGUAAAUAGAGUGUAUGCGAACGUUUUUAUUUUUUGUAGAAAUGGAGCAAUUGCAUGAUUAGUGUGCGAGCGAGGUGAUUGGAUGUUUACAUUUUGUUUUGUACAAGAAUAAAGCCGAAUCCAUGGAAACUAAUAGCUAAUUUCUGACUGCUUACCAUUUAUGUAAGAACCGACAAGGAAUACUAAACAGCGACAUACUAUAGUGUUCUAUCAGAAAGCAACAGAUGGGAAAGAAAGCAAAUGCAGUAGAUAGUUGAAUACGAAAUUUAAAGUGUAUGUAUAGCGACAAUGGAAGCAGAGCGCCAUAGUUAAGUUGUUUUUUAGUUUCUUUCCCAAUAAAUAGUACACUGCUGUAUGAUCGUCGCAUUUGCGAGACAAGUACUGUAAAAAUGAGUGAAAAAAUAACGCAAAAGCAUUUUGCGAGCAAUGUUUUCUACGGAAGUAAAAGUUGCUUCAGUAAAAAAAAGGACGAUGAAAAAUAUAAUACUUAAGUUUUAGCGCGGUAAGGAAAUGGAAUCAAAAAUGGCCUUCUCAAAUAUAUACAUAGAAAGUAUGGUUUAAUUAUUAAUAAAAAAAAGUAAAAAUGCAGAAAAAAUAACUGAUAAGUAAGUGAAAUAUUUAUAUUAUUUAAACGCUAUCCCUGAUGAGCGAAAAUGUUAGACAGUAGCGUACUUUGAGUAAAUGAGGAUGUUCUAUAUGAUAUGUAUUUUUUCUCGAGAAAAUUUAUCUUUGAAGAAGAGGAGAACUGAAAAAAACACGGCACACAGUUCUCCGGGAAGAAGAACGUUGCAUAGUGCUUGAUAUUUGAAGGCGUCUAAAACAUGAAAGCUGGUUAAUUAAACUAUUCGGCCUGGAGAAUUUAAGCUAUCUAUCCUUCCUUUAGUUCGGUAAUCAAAUGGCGUGUAUGUGUUGUACGCAUGCAAGCAAAAUCCGAGAAUUUCCGCUAAAAGUUCAGAAAACGCCCAAAAACGAAUGCAAUAUAGACUGUACCGCUUUGAAAGGAUAGACCUUCCUUUAGUCAAACGAUGGGCGCGAUCGUUUUUAAAUGCCAUAGUUUUCUUUUGUGCUUGUCGAAAACAACCAGUGACACAAUCAGAACCUAUUCGACCGUUUGUAUGUAGUCGCCGUUCCUUUAUCGAAAGGAAACUUAGAGCUGCCAAACAACGGCUCUAGGCAGCAGCAUAGAUCGGUUGAAUUAUUUUAUAUUGAAUUUUGUUUAUUUCAACAAUUACGUUAGUCUGAUUCGAAUCAGGAAUAAAAAAUGUAAGAAAGAACACGGGAAAAAACAACAACAAAGAAAACAAGAGAGAUUAUAAACUUAACAGCAACACGCUUAUAGCCUUCAAAGUUUUUUUUUCUGACAUUUACCCUUCAUUUAGUUUAAUUUUCGUUUGUAAUUUCUUCACGUAACGCUUGCACAAAGUGCACAUCGGAGUGUUUUGCAGAUUCUUAUCUUAAAUUGGAUUUCAAUUCAGACACAUCCUAAUUUUUGAAAGAAAGCUUUCAAGUUCAAAUACAUCCGAUAGCCGAAGGAGCGAAUGAAAAAAAAAAUGAUAAAAUUAACGAGCGCUGCGUUGUAACAGGACAUUUUUAGUUAAUUCUUUCUAUCGUAAGGUGUUUAAUUUGCCUGUACAUAUAGGUCUUUA